UUCUGGCCUCUAGCACCUCCAUCACCUCUUCCUGGACUUCAUGAAGGGGUACGCUUUGCAUCUGGCUUCUUUCACCCAACAUCAUGUCUAUGAUAUUCGAGUGAUCAUUAUAUGGGUGUGCACAUCUAUGAAACUCUGCCGCUGGGUUGAGGUCUCCACGACCGAACUGGCCUUGGUAAGUGGCACCCAAAUGUGGGGCUUGAACCCGGGUCAAAGGGUUGCUGGAGCAAUGGUUGGAGAAUGUGGAACUACACUGGAGGACACCCAAGUACUCUUAAGCAAUCCCUGUGAGGACACUGGAUGAAAAGUAGUUGCCCCAGUGACUGUUCAAGGAGCGCCUCGAACGACCACUCUCAGUUCUAUUCAGGCAGGAAUCCAGCAAGCUAGACGAGAGGGUGAUAUGAAUGCUUGGCAGUUCCCUGUUAGAAUACA